CGCGCCCGGCAGUUCGGUCCCCAGCCGCGUUCUCGACCGCUUCCCUCUUCUCUACCCGCCUCCCGGCCUCCGCACGGACGCUGCCGGGGCGGGAGCCGAGCCGGGGCCGAGCUGGAGCUGGAGCCGGAGCCGCAGAGACGUGGAAACAUGGAGGCCUGAGUCGGCGUGCGCCACCCUGGCUGCGGCGGCGACGGCGGCUUCUUCCGAUCCCCCGUGCCACCGCUCGUGUGUCCGUGGAGCUGGAAGCGGAUCUGCCCUCCGGCUGAGACAGAUAUCCACUGGUAAUAAGUGUCGCAAUGUGCAAGACACUUGAAAUGCUGACUUCUCUCUGCAUCAUUGAGAUUUGUAGAGUGGCGAGCAGCAGCUUAAAGGGAUGAGAACAUCACAUUUGGUCUCUGUAGGAACAACUCGUCUGUGCUGUUGUAUCACAAAAGCAGCUACAGGUCGUCUUGUGGAAAUGAAGGCUUAAGGACACGUUAUCUACCGGAUUAGAAGAUGGGAUCGAAUAGCAGCAGAAUCGGUGAUCUUCCUAAAAAUGAGUACUUAAAAAAGUUAUCGGGCACAGAAUCUGUCUCUGAGAAUGACCCGUUCUGGAAUCAGCUUCUCUCGUUUUCUUUCCCUGCACCAACCAGCAGCACCGAGCUGAAGCUUUUGGAGGAAGCAACCAUUUCAGUCUGCAGGUCUUUAGUUGUAAACAACCCUCGAACAGGAAACCUUGGUGCGCUAAUUAAGGUCUUCCUUUCUAGAACCAAAGAACUAAAACUUUCGGCAGAAUGUCAGAACCACAUCUUCAUUUGGCAGACACACAACGCUUUGUUUAUUAUUUGCUGUUUGCUGAAAGUUUUCAUCUGUGAGAUGUCGGAGGAGGAACUGCAACUUCAUUUUACUUAUGAAGAAAAAUCUCCUGGCAGCUACAGUUCUGAUUCUGAAGAUCUUUUGGAAGAAUUGCUCUGUUGUUUGAUGCAGUUAAUCACGGAUAUUCCACUCCUAGAUAUUACAUAUGACAUCUCAGUAGAAGCUGUAUCGACGAUGGUGGUUUUCCUUUCUUGCCAACUCUUCCACAAGGAAGUUUUACGACAGAGCAUCAGUCACAAGUAUUUGAUGCAAGGUCGAUGUCUUCCAUACACCAGCAAACUUGUGAAAACCUUAUUGUAUAACUUUAUCAGACAAGAAAAGCCGCCCCCUCCAGGAGCACAUGUACUCCCGCAGCAGUCGGAUGGGGGAGGACUGCUCUAUGGACUCGCUUCAGGAGUAGCAACUGGCCUUUGGACUGUCUUCACACUGGGUGGCGUGGGCAGCAAAGCAGCUGCCUCUCCAGAACUUUCUUCCCCUCUGGCCAACCAGAGUCUCCUGCUUCUUCUGGUGCUGGCCAACCUGACUGAUGCUGCAGAUGCCCCAAACCCCUACAGACAAGCCAUCAUGUCCUUUAAGAAUACACAAGAUAGCAGUCCUUUUCCCUCAUCAAUUCCACACGCUUUCCAGAUUAACUUCAACAGUUUGUACACAGCUCUGUGUGAGCAGCAGACAUCUGACCAAGCAACUCUGCUCUUGUACACGUUGCUCCAUCAGAAUAGUAAUGUUAGAACAUACAUGUUGGCUCGCACAGAUAUGGAAAAUCUUGUUUUACCAAUUCUUGAGAUUCUGUAUCAUGUCGAAGAAAGAAAUUCACACCACGUGUAUAUGGCCCUUAUAAUAUUAUUGAUCCUUACAGAAGACGAUGGCUUUAAUAGAUCCAUUCACGAAGUGAUAUUAAAAAAUAUUACUUGGUAUUCAGAACGGGUUUUAACUGAAAUUUCACUGGGGAGUCUUCUGAUACUGGUUGUAAUAAGAACCAUUCAGUACAACAUGACGAGGACGAGAGACAAGUACCUUCACACCAACUGUCUGGCCGCGCUAGCAAACAUGUCGGCACAGUUCCGGUCUCUCCAUCAGUAUGCUGCCCAGAGGAUCAUCAGUUUGUUUUCCUUGCUGUCUAAAAAACACAACAAAGUUCUGGAACAAGCCACACAGUCCUUGAGAAGUUCCCUGAGUUCCAGUGAUGUUCCUCUACCAGAUUACGCACAAGACCUGAAUGUCAUCGAAGAAGUGAUUCGAAUGAUGUUAGAGAUCAUCAAUUCCUGCCUGACAAAUUCUCUUCACCACAAUCCAAACUUGGUAUACGCACUGCUUUACAAACGAGAUCUCUUUGAACAGUUUCGAACUCACCCUUCAUUUCAGGAUAUAAUGCAAAAUAUCGAUCUGGUGAUCACCUUCUUCAGCUCACGAUUACUGCAGGCGGGAGCUGAGCUGUCAGUGGAACGGGUCCUGGAAAUCAUCAAGCAAGGGGCUGUCGCGCUGCCCAAAGACCGGCUGAAGAAAUUUCCAGAAUUGAAAUUCAAAUAUGUGGAAGAGGAACAGCCCGAGGAGUUUUUUAUCCCCUAUGUGUGGUCUCUGGUCUACAACUCAGCAGUAGGCCUCUACUGGAACCCACAGGACAUCCAGCUCUUCACGAUGGAUUCCGACUGAGGGCAGGACACCGUCUCCCACCCUUGCCUCCCGCCAGCCGAGCAGCCCUUCUAGUUAUUUUCUUUCUGGGGAACAGAAGUAGACAGAUUCCCUGAUGUAUCUUCUAGCAAAGAGGGUCACACAGGCGUGCUUCCCUUACACACUUGGACUUGGAGAGUUGGUGCCAGUUGGCAGUAGAUCACUCAGCUUAGAUUGUAGUGCAAAAAAGGGGGGAGGGGGUACACAACGAUAAUAAAUGUACAAACCUGCUAUUCCACACGCAAUUUUAUUUCUAAACCAAAAAUUUAGAGCUUUUCCAGGAACCUGAUGCCUUAGGCAUAUAACACUUCACCAAUGCAUACUAUUUUUUUCUUUGCAUGUUGAAGAUUUUUGUUUUGAUCUCGUGUGUGUGUGUGUGUGUGUUUCUUUCAACAUUGAGAAGUACCUGAAAAGAUGAUAAGACAGGAGUUAAUAAGGAAAUGAAGUCUUAUGUAUGAGGGGUGCCUUCCAGAGGGCCCAUGAUUUGAUAAGCACUAGGCCCAAGCCGUUGGUUAUAAGCCUUUAGAGCUGGUCGUGUGCGUCGUUCUUUCAAAGAAAGAAAGAGUUUCUUCUCAUGAAGCUCAGAUUAGCUUUUCUGUGGAUUUGGCCUCUGAGCUGUAGCUGAAUUAAAUUGGAGUCUAGCACAAAUUAAGUUAAUCUACUCUGUAUUAAUCAUUGGGAAAAGAAAAGCUUCAUUUUGAAAGCAAUCUUUUUUCUUCAACCAGACUAGCAGGAGAAAAGGAGACCAAUUUGAUUAAUACAGUAUUCCACAUGAGAUGAAAAACAUGUUUUUCUCUUCACUUCUGACUUUGUUUAGACUCUUCUGGGCCCUGAGCUAGAGGAAGAAGCUUCCCUGAGGGAAACCGUGGGCUCUGAGGGCCGAGUGGGAUGGUCCUCUGGGGUCUGGGUCUGAGUCCACAACCACCCUCUCACAGCCUGGGUGAGGAGCCUCGUUUCAUUCUCAAAGACACAGAAAGCAUUUGCUUUUCUGCGUAGAAAGCACGUGAUCCCAGAUGAGACGGAGCACCCCGUGUCAGUCUGCUGUUGCCUGAUCUCUGUCGGCAGCCAGCUUCUCCUCUCCCUGCGUCCCUGGGCUGGAGGCCGGCGUCAUUUUGGUGCAUCACAAUCUCAGAGUCUGGGAGGAGCUGUCUCCAGUCCCAGCAAGCUCUGGAAAGGUCAAAAACAUGCCAGCACACCAGUGCACAUCUGUGUGGCUUCCCCUGUGAAAAGCCUGGGCUGCUCCAUCUCUUCAGGGGUCUUCUGAGGCCAGGCUGUUUUGUUGUCCUCAUCAGGACAGGCAGUGGAGCUGAAGCUCCCCGAGGCAGGUGGGCUGACAGACGGAUGAAGGGCCAUCGCUGGUGGCUGGCCCCAGGAGGGCAAGGGCAGGGUGCCCGCAGCCACCUCAGGCCUUGCUCGGUUCAGGCCUCUUCCCGUCUCCGCACAUGGCGGGGGACUGUCCUGUAUCUCACCUGAGAUCACAGAGAGGGCCCCAGACCAGCUGACGUGGCAGGUUAACAGCCCCCACUUAGUCGAGCCCAGGGGAAGAGAGGCAGGUUGAGGGUGGAAGGGUCAAUCCUCACAAUCUGAAUGAUGAUCAUUUUAGGUGGCAAUUAUCUUGUGUCCCCCACGUGGGGAAAUGAUAGCUUGAAUUUGUUUCCCAAGCAUUUUGAUUUGCCCCCUUUCCUAUAAACCAAAACACACAAUGUUAAAAGGGCCGCGUGCAGCAACCGAACCUCUGUUAGGACCUGGAUCUGUCCCUGGAGGCUGAGGGCUGGGCAGCGCCAUGGGAUAAUCACUAGGCUGCAGGCCUGUCAGUUCUGGGGGCAGGAGGAAUUAGGGUCCCCAAAAAGGCAGAGAGGGCCAACAACCAAGGAGCCCUUGACUGAGGGGAUCCCACAGUUCCCUCCCCAGGCCACGUGGCUCACCAAGGUGCCUCCAAAGCCUCAUUCUCCAGCAGUCUCGUCUCCUCCACCCCCUUUUAAUGAACCAAACAGCAGAAGUGCUCACUGGCCUAAAAGCUCAGCCGUGGCUACAGCCUCAGGCAGCCUGUGGGCGCACGCUCCCAGACACCCCUGCGUCACUGCCUCUGCUCUGGAGACCCACCAGGAGUCUCUUCCUGAUUUUUGUGAAAGAUAUAUUACACGACAAUAAAUUUCACUGGUAAACUUGAA